UAUGACAUAAAUUCAAUAGUAAUUAAAUAUACCUGAUAAUAUUUAUUAAAGGUCACGAUCGAUAUCCUGUUCUUUAUAUCUCAUAACAAUGUGUAGAGUAGUAUUUGUACUUUUUUAAAUUGUAAAAUAAUAACACUUCGUAGGAAACUUAAUAAAAAUUUAACUUGACUAAACUGUUCUCGAUAAAUGACUAAUAAAUUAGUCAAAUUAAAUAUCUAGUCCGGUGUCUUAUUUAAGGAGGUGCUAUGGGAGACAAUGACAGUAUGGUAAUCAUCACAUUAACGAGAAACUGGCAACGUCGUGGCAAUCAUGCAGAAGUCUUACAAGUGAAGCUACAUUCAAUACUAAAUAUAAACUACACAAAUUGGAAUCGGGACCUAGUUGUUCAGUAACCGUUAAUCGAGACGAUGCCAUAACUUAUUAUAAGCAAAUGCAAUAUAUCAGGCGUAUUGAAACAGCAUCUGGUAAUUUAUACAAGGAAAAAAUCAUCCGAGGUUUUUGUCACUUGUAUUCGGGACAAGAAGCCUGCGCAGUUGGUAUGAAAGCAGCAUUUAGAGAACAAGAUUCAUUGAUAUCAGCAUAUCGUGUACAUGGUUGGACAUAUUUAAUGGGCGCAACGCCUCUUGAAGUAUUAGCCGAACUGACGGGUCGUAAAAGUGGAGUUGUUCGAGGUAAAGGUGGAUCAAUGCAUAUGUAUGGUAGAAACUUUUAUGGAGGCAAUGGCAUUGUCGGAGCUCAAGUACCUUUAGGUGCAGGUGUGGCAUUUGCAGCAAAGUAUUUAGGGACCGGGGGAGUGUGUUUUGCUCUUUAUGGCGACGGAGCUUCUAAUCAAGGUCAAGUAUUUGAAGCAUAUAAUAUGGCCAAGUUAUGGAACUUACCUUGCGUGUUUGUGUGCGAAAAUAAUGGAUACGCUAUGGGAACAAGUUCGGAACGUUCAGCAUCAAACACGUCUUAUUACACCAGAGGCGAUUACAUACCGGGUAUCUGGGUUGAUGGCAUGGAUGUUUUAGCAGUUAGAGAAGCAUCCAAGUUUGCCAUUGACCACUGUACUCAAGGAAAUGGCCCCAUCAUUUUAGAAACAGUCACUUAUCGAUACUCGGGACACUCGAUGUCAGAUCCGGGAACAUCUUAUAGAACAAGAGACGAAAUUCAAGCUGUUAGGAUGACUAGAGAUCCGAUCAUGUCGUUUAAAGAAAAAAUUCUAUCGACUAACUUAGUUUCAGCUGAGGAUCUUAAACAAUUCGAUAACAAAAUAAAAACAGAAAUAGAUUCUGUAGUAUUAAAAGCAAAGGAAGACCCAGAAAUAUCUCUUGACGAAUUAGGAGCUGAUGUAUAUGCGAAUCCAUUGGAAAUAGAACAACGAGGAGUAUUACCAUGGAAAACUGUUAAGCACAUGAGUGUCGGAGCUGCAAAGAAUCUUUAAAUUCAACGAAAACAACUGGGGUUUAUUAAAAACGUGUUUUACAUCCAGUAAGAUAUUUGAUCCUCGCAGUUUGGUCCACGCAAGUCCUUCUUUGAGGGGCCUAGCUAAAAUUUAGUUCAAAUUGUUUAGUUUAUAUUUUUGACCUUAUGGUUUAGUGAUAUAAAAUUUUGAUUUGUUCCAUAUUUAUUUUAUGUGGUUUUUUAAGUGAUAUCCGUAUAAAUGAUUUUAGCCUAUACUUAGGAUAGUUGAUUUUAAAUAUCAAGUCAAUUUAAAGAGUAUUUGGUUUUUAGGAAUAAAAGUCUUUAUUUUUAAAUAAAAAAUAAAGAUUUUGGUUGAAUUUUAUUAGUGAUAUUUUAUGAUCCUUGUUCAUGACAAUAUUUAAUGGAUCUUUUCAAUUUUAAUGAUUAUCGUAUUAAGAACGAAAUGAUAAUAUAAAUUUUUAUAAGAAACUCUAGUUUUAUAUAUUGAAAACCUAAUUCAUAGAAGUAGCUCAAAAAUAAUAAAUAUGAUAAGAUCUAAUUAAUUUAAGGUGUCAUAAACUUAUAUUAUUAAAAUUAUUUUAUUUGUUAUUACUAGGUAAUGACGUAAUAAGAGGGGCGGUAUAGUUAAUUAUAUGGAAGUGCCUGAUGCGCACAAUAAUGGGUUUGAGGCUUAGUCAUUAGUUGCUCUUUUUAAUAGAAGAGAAAUCAAUUCAUGAUUCAGGCUAUUCUUCUAUCCGGUGACGGUUUAAUCUUCUAUCUCGAAGUAAAUAUAUAUAUAUACUAUGUAUAGUGAAAAAAAACCUCCUCAGUCGAGGAGAUUGCUAUAGGCCUUAAUGAACCAUUAAAGCGUUAAAAAAAUAUUAAGUGGUAGUAUAAAAAAUUUUAUUUUUAAAUUUGUUUUUUCAAUACUAUUCGAUUAGUAGCAUUCAUUUUUUUCUAUAGAAGUAGUGACAGGACUGUGUUUUGAGGGAGGGAGUGGCAAAUGCCCUAGGACAACAUAAAAAUUUGAAUAAAUUUUUAUAUAAGAUGUACUCUUUUUAGCAAUAUGUUGUUUUUAUCAGUCGAUGUUAUUGCUUUUGUAUAUACAAACAAUUUAAUUUUUAUAAGUUUCAAACAUUUUUUUUUAUCUGUUCCUAAACUUUAAAUAAAUCACGACUUCAAUGUAAUUUUUACUACUUUUAUACGAUAAUCGAUCAGAUAUUACUUAUAACGAUUCCGGUCAGUGUCAGUGGCCUUAAAGGGUACGAGCGACGGACAUUUUGAAAGUACCGGACUAAAAAUAUAUUAGGGAACCAAUAUUUUGCUUACAUUUCUUAUAUUAAUAUAUCAGCUUUAUUCUGUAUAAUUAUAUGAUAUUGAUGUAAUCGUCGACCACCAGUCGUGUUAAUUAAGCAUAGAGUAUUCAGAAUUUGUUUUUUAGUUGUUAUUUUUUUCUUUAAAUCUUUAUUUUACAAAUACACCAGAUCGGAUAUUAUGAAAACCAAAUUAAUAUUUAUUUAUUGUUACCUCCAGGCAACAAUUAACUAUUUCAAUGGAUUAUAAUUUAUUGUAAAGCUAAAAAAAAUUCUUAAAAUUAUUAAUAUUUUAGCAGAAAUUUAAUUACAAAUACAAAAUCAAUUAUAGUGCAAAUGUAAAAUAUUGUUGAUGUCUAAAUUCACUUUUCUACGUGAAAGCAAUGUGUAUUUCUUUUUAAUAUAUCAAUAUGAUAUUUUUUUGAAUGUAUAAGAAUUAAGAAUUAAAUUUUUUUUUAUUGUUUGUA